AUGGCCAUCAUGAACCCUCAGACAUUGGUGGAGCGCACGGCCACAUCGAAUCUAAUGCUGCAGUUGGAGAUGAAGCCAGCGGUAAGGAUAGCUGGGGAGGAGAUACAUUUGGAGUGCUGGAAGAAGAUACAUGGUCAGCUGCAAGGCAUGUGUGCAGACAGAAAUAACUAUUCGAGCAACCCCCACUUCAACGGCUCCCUACCUCCUCGCGCCAUUUUCUCGGCUCGGCAUCUCUUUCCAUCGCUCGCCAUUUCCAUCGGACCACAAAAGAGCUCGGCAUCGCAACUGCCGCCGUCCGGAGCCUCCCGCGGAAGCGUCGUGCGCGCCAUCGGAGCAAGGAACCGAGGCAACGACCGCGAGGAUUCCAGCGCUGACCGCGUCACCUCCACGUGGCCGCCAUAUCAGCAGCGCGAGGGCCCAGGGAGCAGUGCCGCCGCACGCGUAAAAAGGCGGCCACGUGCUUCCAAAAGAAGAAAAAGGGCCGAGGAACAUUUGUGCCUUCCCUUCGCUGCCCUGUCUCUCUCUCUCUCUCUCACUAUAGACACAUUCACUCUCUCUACAUUCUCUGCCUUGACACCCCAAUCCAUUAUUCCUUCCCUUUGCUUCGCUUAUUCCCCACUCCCUCACCCCGCUGCCUUCCCCCACGACGCCACCGCCGCCGCCGCCACAGGAGAACUGGAGAAGAGUCCGCGGUGGCGUCCUUCUCCGGGAGAGGAUCGGCUUUCUUGGCUCCUGCUCCGCGGUGUUGUCCCCAUCUGCCGCGCGUGGUCUUCCUGGCGCUGGGCUUCCGUAGGUGCUCUGAAACGCUCCCGAUGCGGCGGGAUCGCGCGGCCGGCGCCCGAAGCCGGGCGUGAUUCGGCCCGAUUCGUCGAGAAGGUUGGAUCCCGGUGCUCCCUGGGCGGAAAAAGGUGGUUUUUGGCGGCGAUUUGGCGGUUCCUUGGAGGGAGGGGCGGGCCGCUUGGUGUUCUUCGCUGUACGAGCUGA